UUUGAUUCAUUCGUUCGAUAAAUAUUUACUUCUUUCGCAUAAAGAUCGACAGACGACGUUCUAAAAUUGAAAAUAAAAAAAAAAAUUAAAAAUGGUCAAACGAAAGACACAAGAUCUCUGGAGGGCACUGGGGCACACGAUCUAUAAAUGUAAAAAUCGAAUGAGUAGGUGCAUGUUAUAAUAUACACGUGACAUAAAUUUCGCGAAUGAAACUAACCGCACGCACGAUGAAAAUUAGCACUCACACCACGCAGUUCGAUAUAUCGCGAUGAUGAUGGACGAAUUUAUAAGUCAGUUCAGAGAAAGGACUAGAAAAAGAAGAAGAAAAAAAAGGCGAGUGCGAAUGAAUAUUUCAAUCGCGAGGCGUUGAUACGCGAAUUAAUUUCAUCUGUAAAACAAACGGACGGGACGCACCGUUUUUCCUGUAGGUAGGACGGUUAGACGGUGACUAGUUUAUAGUACAUAGGUGGGUAUAUACAAUGUAUGUACAAAUGUAUGUACGUAAUAAAGAUUGCGGAUGAGUGCAGAACCGUUGAUGACCGAAUUGUCGCAAAAGUUCUUACAACAGCUCGCCUCCUCAUCAGUCGCUAGUAAACCUCCUCACAGUCCGAAACUUCAUCCACACCUCAAGAACGGAUAAUCGACGUGCGAUUAACGAACAUAAGACCGUCGAAUUCCAACGAAAAGCCGGCGUUUUCCGUGAUUGUAAAUAGGUGACCGAACAUAUUUGAAACCUCUGGGAUAUCCGGUGCGCGCGGUGUAACGAUGUUAAAAGUCUCGUGGAUCUCCUUGAUCGCGAUCUCAAUAUUCUGGACAACGUGGACCAUCGGUUUACCGGUCGGGACGAUCGGUGGUGGCUCGAAGGUCAUGAGGACGAUGCGAAAUCUUCUGAUUUCAUUGAACGGUACGAAAACGAACUGUCCGAAAAAAUUGAUGAGACUUUGCAGAAGGGAGAAAAAUUUCACGGACGUUUUGCAAGAAGCUUUGAUCCUAACUGUUGAAAAUUGUCACGAACAGUUCAAGUACACGAGAUGGAAUUGUACGUUGAAUAAAAGGCUCUUCAACGACGUAACGAGGGAAACGUCGAUCGUGACUUCGAUUUUCGCCGCGUCUCUGACCCACGCAUUCGCUCGGAGUUGCGGCGAAAAUAAAUUAAGCAAAUGCGACAGCGGGAGGACUAAGACCAACGAGAUAUCGAGGGCAUCCUAUCUCUACAAAAAUCAUAGUUCGGCUUGGACGGAUAAAAAAUUGAAGCUCAGAGGCCCCAGUGAUAACGUGAAGUUCGGACGACAAAUGGCGCGUAAAAUUUUGAUCGGCGGCAAUCAACGCAGUUCGAAAAAACGGGGAAUGAUGAAUAAUUUCAAGGACAUAGUUUCAUGGCACAACAUCGAAAUCGGUUUAAUGACUGUAGGUAAAUCGAAAGACGAUUGUCAGUGUCAAGGAUUCUCAUCGAGUUGCACGAUUAAAAUUUGCAGAAGACUUUUAAACGAUUUCAAGGAAUCUGCUAAGAAUAUACGCGAUAGGUACCCGAAAGCGUUGCUGAUCAGAGACGAAUCCGACGAAGCGAAAUAUUUGAAGUUUAGGAUCUCCAAAAAACAUCGACGUCGUCUGCCGUUGAAUUAUCACGGAGAGAAGAUUAACCAACUGCAAUUGUAUUACAUAAAACCUUCCCCAAAUUUCUGCAAAGAUACCCACGACAGAAAAUGUUUUAACGAAAUCAAUUGCUCGACACUUUGCUGCGGCAGAGGAUUUAAAACUAAUGAAAUUCAAACGCCGUCGAAAUGCAAUUGUGGCAAAAAAAAUAAAUGUAAAACUUGUUCCACAUUGAUGAAAAUUCACACCUGUAAAUAAAACGUAAUAUGAAAAAAUAAUAAAGAGUGAAAGAACGAAGAGGAGGAAUUUUUAUACCCUCGAUAUUUCUUGGUGUAGAAAUUUUUGAUUUUAAUAUUGAAGGAUGAAAUCCGAGGCUCAAAAUCCCUGUCAUAACGAAUCAAUUUAUUAAGUUUAGCCCGUUGCGACUUUCCUAUGGAUUUUUUUUUUUUUCUUCAUCCUUUUUUCUACACAUAUAAUAUAGUAUACGUCCUCCGCGUAUAUGAAGAGAUGAAUCUGGUGGCACCCUGUCGAAUUUAGUUAGGACGGUCUCCCGUGUUAUGACAACGUUUUGUAAUCAAUAUAAAAGGAAUUUAUAUAAUAUUAUAUAGUUCAUAUAUAAAUACUUAUAUGCAUAUUAUAUAUACCUGUAUAUUAUACUCUACCUAUAAGAAAUAGUCUUAGAAGCUGAUGAAUACAUAUAUAUGUAUACGUACGUACAUAAGCUAUGUAUACAUAUAUAUAUAUAUAUACGAGUUGAGAGCGUGAGAUCAGAAACCUGCAUCAUCAGCAGCAACCGAUCAAGGUCUGAGAAAAGAAGAAAAAGAAAAAUGAAAAAAACUUUCGGAUGAUCACUCGUUCUUUUUUUUUUUUUGUUUUCAGAUUUUUUUUUUUUUCUAUUUUUUUUCAUUAACGAUUAGUCAGAAAUGACCGCGUACAUCAGUUCGAAUUUUAUACCCAGUUGCAUCCCGAAAUAUAUUAAUGCGUUCCACUUCGAAAAUGGUGCGUACGCGUAUAGGUAUA